GAUACGGCAUUGAGAACUCAGAGCUGGGCGACUACGAGGAAGACGAGGAGGACGAGGACGAGGACCAGGAGGAGGCGGGAAGGAGAGGAAGGCGAGACGGAGACCCAGACGCCGUCAAGACCAAGAAGAAGAAGAAGAUCACCCGCCCGGUGAGCUUUGCUGGGAUGGAAGAUCUCAAGAGACAGAGAAACCGCCGAGACGAGAUGAGGAAGAGGCGCAAUCAGGAAUUGUCGCAGUUCCGUCAGAUGCUGUGUGCUGGUAAGAACAUUUCCACAAGGGAAAUGUUUGAGUCUGGAAGCCUGGAUGGCCAGAAUGACAAAACAAGCGGCCAGAGCAAAUCAACAUUGAAGGUCGUCCCGCCACAAAGAACCUGAGGGAAAGAUUCGAGAAGGGAGAGCUUGGUGGUAGCCUUGACGACCAGAAAGAAGUUGAUGAAGUUUUCCGGAACAGUGAGACAGCCAGCAAGGCUCGUAACCUGUUCAAGCAGAUGGAAUCAGGAGAAGGCCAGGAGAAUGAUGAGCGAGCUACCAAAGCCUCGUGAAAACAGGUUAUCAAAAGAGGGCUGUGAUGAUGAGGAAGUGGCCGACUUCUACGGACGUGAUCCUAAUCUUGUCAAGUACACUGACAACCUAGAGGAACCAUUAGAUUGUCGCAAGACCAAAAGUGUGCUUGCCAUGUUCAGGAAAAUGGAAAUGCAAGAGGAUGACGAUGCCAAAGGCCCGCGACCACUGAAGCGCUUCACGCCACCACCAGAGGGUGAAUAUGAUGAUUCAGAUGACGAAGAGUAUUCUGAUGAAGAGUACUCGGAUGAAGAGGAUGAAGAAGAUGAUGAUGAAGAUGAGGAGGAGGAGUCUGAUGAUGAUGAUGAGAGACCUAGGAAACCAAAGUACAAGGAUGAAAUCUUAGAGAUGCUGAGUGCCAGAAAAGCAGCUUCGCUGCGAGCCAAAUUCGAGCGGUGGGAGUCAGAGGUUGAGCACAACAACGAGUACAACCGCAAUGAAAGGAACGAAGAUGACGAAGAGUGUAUGCCGUCCAUUGACACCGCCCGCAACCUCCGUGCCAUGUUUGAGAACAAGGCCCAGGAGGCAAGCCGGCCGGUCGUAAGCAGUCAACCCAAGUUGAAGGUCACAGAUUUUGUGAUAUAUAUCUUUUGUGCCUUCUCAGUAGGGAAUUAUUGGAUUGCACUCCGCAUGAAACUGAAAAAGAGCAUGACACUACAGAAACAUAAUCUGAACAAAAAUACACAAGUGAUUGAAGACAUAAAGGCUACACCCAAGAAUGACAUGGUGAUGAUAGCCAGAUGUAAGGAUGAAUGUCUCAUCUACACAAUGAGAAAUGAUAACAGAACAGCUUAUGGAUGGACACAACUAACCACAGACUUGAGUUAUGGCAUUGUGGCUGACUGUCCACUUCCCUCCACCAGUGAGACUUGCCACGACGCCUGCAACCCCAGUCAUCCGUCAUCGUUCAUUCAGCAGUUGUGCACAUCACUUCCUUUCUUCAAACCACAUGGACUGCCACGUUCAGAAACUCUGCUCCAGCUUGAUUCCAAUAUGCAAGGUUUACACCUCAUUAGUAACUCCAUAAAAACAGCAGAUAUCGUUCUGUUGUCUCUCAUUGUUAAUCAUGUGGCCCUUCAAGUUAACACGAUUAUGACUGUGCUCUCAUACUCUAAGAGAAUCAAAGAGAUGACACAUAAUGAGAAGUAA